CUUUCCGGCUCAGUACCGACCCUAAACACUGCGGAGACGAGAGAUUUACCCUGUUCUGUGAAAACAAUAAUGCUACAGUGCUCCAUUUCAACUCCGGCAAGUACAAUGUCCGCUCAAUCAAUUACACCGCCCUCACAAUCAGAGUGUCCGAUGUCGGUGUUCGUGAAGACGAUUGCUCCUCCUUCCCAAUUUCUCCUCUCAGCGGCCGUUAUGAAUACCUGACAGACACUAUGGUCUUAGUGAGCUGCCCGAUUCCAUUGAAUUCCCCAUCUUUCAUUGACACUUCUCCUUGCUUUAGCAGCGGAAAUUAUUCGUACCUAGCUCCUGCCAGAAAAACGGGUUUAGGGGAUUUGCAGGUUGGUUGCAGCAUAGUGAAGUCAGUUUUGGUACCAGCAGGACGAAACUAUACGUCGUAUGAAGAGAUUCAUCAAGAUCUCUUUUCUGGCUUUGAACUCUACUGGGAUCGUGCAGCUGCCCCUGCACAUUAUGUGUAUAUGUGUGAAAUUUACCACUUCUUGAGGAUUAAUCACGGUUCAUGCAGGCAAGUUGAUGCUAGAAAAGUUCGCGCUGUUGUCAUCCAAAUAUUGUAUACUUUAAAGGGAUCCGGUUUGGAUAUAAUCUAUCUGAUCUGUCUCCUUCAAGCAGCAAAGGCAUCAAUAGGGGCUCCAUUUAUGAUUGCAUUGCUGAUCUACACAUGGCGAAGGAGACAUUUAUCAGCUUACGACAAAGUAGAAGACUUCCUGAAGAACCAUAACAACCUCAUGCCUAUAAGGUAUUCUUACUCCGAGAUUAAGAAGAUGACAGGGGGGUUUAAGGAGAUGUUAGGAAAAGGAGGCUUCGGUGCAGUAUAUAAAGGAAAGCUCCGUAGUGGUCAUUUUGCUGCUGUAAAAAUGUUAUUGAACUCGAAAGGUAACGGAGAAGAUUUCAUUAGCGAAGUUGCAACCAUUGAAAGAAUUCAUCAUGUAAAUGUGGUGCAACUGAUUGGUUUUUGUGUGG